AAUAUUGCAGAUUAGCCGGACACCUCUGCCUGCACGCGCCUGUUAAGCAACCGGGACGUGGUCAGGAUGGCAGAAGACAACUCACAAGGAUCACGCGCCAGAAAUGGCAAGAUGAGCGGCAACACGAUGAUCGAAGAUCCUGGAAUACCGCUCGUGGAUCGCCGAAAUGGGAAGUAUUCCAAGUAUGUCGAGGAUGACACUUUCAGUCAAUCGUCGGCGAGCACGGACUUAACUCCGGUGAGCAAGUACGACAACAUCAGCUACCGGUUAAGUCAGCGGAAAAAGUAUCUGUUCCGCCGGCGAGUGAUUGUGGAUGUAGAAUUUGCCAUGGCCAUGCUAGGCAUUAUAUUAAUGAUAAUAGAUAACGAGUUGUUCAUACGGGACGUUUAUACCAAGGACUCGGUAGUCUCUGUGCUCAUCAAAGUUUGCAUUUCUAUAUCGACGGUGUUGUUGCUGGGCUUGGUGUGCAUGUAUCACGUUUGUGGUAUUAAACUGUUCAUGACGGACAACGCUCUGGAGGACUGGCGCCUGGCAGUCGGUCCCGCAACCAUUGUCAAGAUCAGCCUGGAGCUUGUGGUCUGUGCCAUUCACCCGAUUCCCGGUAACUUCACAACUACGUACUACCCAGCAAGCGGAGAGCCGCGCGAAGUGCCCAUCGACGCCAUCCUGUCCAUCUUGAUGAUGCUACGCCUGUAUCUGGUGGGUAAGUUCAUGGUGAUGCACAGUCGAAUGUUGACGGACACCUCCACGCAGAGUCUUGGCGCACUGAACAAGGUGAAGAUCGACGCGACGUUUGUGUUCAAGGCGCUUAUGUCGACAAAUCCAGGCACGAUGCUCAUCGCAAUUAUGCUCCUGGUCUUUCUCGUCAACAGCUGGGCGAUGAGGACCUGUGAGGUGUAUUAUGACCCCGACCAGGAACACAGCAGCUUCAGGGAUGCCCUCUGGCUUAUAGUCAUCACUUUCCUCACCGUUGGAUACGGGGAUAUCUACCCGAAAAGUGAUUGCGGUAGGAUGAUUUCCUUUGGCACUGGGAUACUUGGCGUCGGCACCACGGCUCUGUUGGUCGCUGUCCUGGGGCAGAAACUGGAGCAGACACGCUUAGAGAAGUAUGUCCACAACUUUGCCUCCCGCGUACAGCUCGACAAGCAGCGUAAGCACGCGGCAUCUGACGUCAUCAAAAACGUCAUAUAUUUAUGGAAAUUACGCAGACGAGGGGGUUCCAGUAACAAAACGAGAGUACAUCGACAUGGGAAACUCUUACAGGCCAUACAAACCAUGCGAGAGGCAAAAUCUGAGAAAAGCAUAAUCAACGAGAGUGCCAUCGGUCCUGUAGAAAUUCACAAAGCUGUCAAUGACGUCUUCGAUGUGGUGGAAGACUUUUCGAAGGAACAAAACGAUCUCAAGGAGCGAGUAAGUUCUCUGGAAGGGAAGUUGGAUGGAGUCGAUUCAAAACUAGAUGCUAUCUACGCUGUUGUUUCAAGACGCCAUUGAACAAAUGUGGAGGUAUUUUCCUUUUUUCGUGCAAACGGACGCGUAAUGUGUUGAUUAAUGGUGGAAAUCUCAAUGUUGAACGAUACCGUAUCUUCACAAUGGAGUCUAUGACGGUCACAGAACAAAAUUACCACAGUAUUGAGGCUUCUCGUCGUGAUGUAACAGCCAUCAUUCACAUAUCAUGGGGCGUCUUUCAAUGUAAUAUCUAAAUGUUGCCACUUCUGCCUGUUGUCACCUACGUCUUGAUUUGACUUUGCUGAUGGUAUCUUCUCCGUGUUGCAAGAUCUGGUGUUGGUUAGCGCUACCAUAGUAUCGCUUUAUUUUGUUUGCCAUGAUUAUAUACGCUAGAAAAAUUCUAAAAAGUCUAGUCUGUAAUCAAAUAGUUUAUGCAUGUUAUAAUUAUGUUACUGUCACGCAGGCAGUGCUACGGAUGGAAAUGUGAUGCACAACCCACACAUAUAAUAUCGUUAUGCCUGCAUUAUCCGCACUGAUUCAAACAGAAAUAAUCAUCUGUAGCGAAGAGUACUCGCGGGGGAAAAGCAGUCUUGUUUGGUUAUUCUCGUCUAAGCCUGGUCUCAAUGUAGCGUUUAGAUGAAACGUCUAAUUACCUGUAUAACAUGUAUAGUUCAAGUCCAAUUGUUUAAGUAAUAUUUCACAGUGAGGUUAUUUCGCUGAAUAGGGUUAAAUUUGACGUCUGUUGUCUAAAUAGGGUUUAGCUUUGAUGUCAGUUAUCUGGUUUAACUCUGAUUGUCUGGUUAUGGGUUAAUUUUUGAGGCUGUUUGUCUGAAUAAGAUUAAACUUUAGCGUAAGUCAUCAGGAUAUGGUUUAACUUGAAUUGUCUGAAUAGGGUCUAGUCUUGAGGUCAUUUGUCUGAAUAGAGUGUAGCCGUGACGUCAUUUUUCUGAUUACGAUUUAGCCUUGAUGUCAGUUGUCUGAAUAGAGUGUAGCCGUGACGUCAUUUGUCUGAUUAGGGUUUAGCCUUGAUGUCAGUUAUCUGAAUAGAGUGUAGCCUUGAC